GUCAUCAAAAAGACGGCUUCAUCAUGAAAAUGGUUUUAGGCAUUAAAAAUAAAAAAAAAGAUUGAUUUUCAUUAUUAACAAUUUCUUAGUCUGUUUUUUGUUGCUGUUUUUGUUGUUGUUGUUGUUGUUGUUGUUGUUUUGGGGUUUUUUCUGUAGUUGUCAUGGAGCCUUUUUUCUGACGCGACGCCUAGCCAUAACAAUGUAUGAGCUGAAUUAACCAAUCAAAACCGCUUAAAUCCUUACAUAGCGUUGUCCAUUAUUGUGACGUCACAUAGAAACAGACAAAGAGUUUCAGCGGCGCUAAAGCUUUAGUCAACUUUUCCUACAUCGUAGUAUGAAAUAAAAGAAUGGCAGAAAAACACUCGAGCAUUAAGAGUUGUGUACUUGACGAGAAUGGUAACAUCACACAGUCAAAGCGUACUCGUGGAAUAAGUGCUUCAAGCAAAAAGACUGGAAGUCAAACGAAGAAAUCUUCAGACAAAGGUAAAGAAGUGUAUAAGACAGACAGCGAAGAUAGUCUGCUGGCAGCAGAAAACCUCCUACGUGACAUUGAUAGUGCUACUGGCAGGAGAGCAAAGGUACACAUUAAUCAUGUGAAUCUUGGUUCGAUCACCAGCACGGGAAGUCUGCGUGAUACUAACAACGUAAAAAUAACUUCCCGCAAGCAGUCAAGACUUGCGGCUUUUCAUAAAACUGGACAAAUCGAUUUAGAUGCCGUGGAAAAAUGGGUCUCGACACCGGAAGUGGAUCUUGACUUAAACAAAACAGAAAAGGCCAUGGAUGUAUCUGUACCAAAACGCGCCACUAAAAAUGAAAGCGUCAGUACCAAAAUGAAAAAAGCUGAUUCAGCUGUAGAAGAAAUUGGUACUAUCAUAGGCACUGAUCCCACAAAUGGAACCCAGCACGGUCUGAAACAGACAAAAAUUAACAACAACCCGUCUACUUCAUUUAAACCUUCUAAUUCUGCAAGCGUUUCUUCAACUUCCAGCAAAAACAAACAUCAGAUGACUGAAGGAAUACCAGCGCCUUCCUUUCCUUGUCCCAUUCAGUCAAUUCGCCUGCCUCCUGUCAACUCGGACUCUUUUAAGAAAGAGGACAUUUUCCAUAGAACAAUUACAGAUAUGUCAGUUCUACAUCUACCACAUCACUUUCCAAACCUUGAUGUGUCAAACCGUAACCCCGUCUCAGAAAUACAGAAAAUCACAGAAACAGCUGACAACUUACACAAAUCUCUUUCCGCAGGACGACCAUCGGAAAAUGUUUCGGACUAUUUACUUCCCGGCCAAGUGCCAGAUCACAAUACUGAUCAAGAGAGAAAGGAAGGUAUUGAGAUUCGUUAUACUGUGCUCGAUUAUAGUGCAAGCGAACCCGGACACAAGAAGAAAAGAUGCGGACUAUUUAAAUUGUGCACACGUUUUUCUUGCUGUCGCGGGCAGAAGUAUGAAAUUGAAGAAUUCCAACAGGAAAAUUUUGAAAGCCGAACGAAUACCGCUAAAAAAACGAAAAGAGGCAGCAUUCCUGGAAGACUUUGGAGAAGGGUCAAAAAGUGUUUUGGAUUUUGAAAAAAAAAUGCAAUUCUUUACAUUUAAAAUUCAAACAGUAAUAGCCAAAACACUAUGCAUUUGGGUACACAAAGUAUCAAAUGGAUUAACAAGAUUGUUUUGGUACCCAGACAGAAGAAAAUAAGAUAAUAAUCAUUUGUCAAGAAGUAUAUAAUACAUGUAGCUUCAUGUAUAUUCCGGAGGUUAUCGUGUUAUUCUUGAGCUUAGAAUGCCAGGGCCUUGCUGCAUACAGAGUCGUUUUUCGCGUUCUUUUUCCUAUGCAAUGCUUUCAAAUAGCUAUAAAAUUAUUAAAAGGACGUUCAGUCACAUCAAACCAGCGCGAUAUUGCUAAAAGAUUCAUUAUGUGAAAAUAAAAAGCUGCAUCAGAAAGAUGUGAGGGAAAAACACGGAAAAUAAUGAAUAGAAACCGAUAAAAAUUCAAACAAUUUUCAUAUUUCAACAGUACGGCAGAAUUAACAUAUAAAAACUGACAAAUUAUUGGCAAAAUACAUACAUUGCACUUUCUUGAUAUCAUAUUCUGAUAAAAGUGCUAUUCAAUGUUUAAUCAUUAUAUAAACAAAUGCAUUUCAACAUACAAAUGGUUUUGUUUUCUUUUCUUUUUCAAUGCUUGCCUAGAAAAUGUAAUAUUUGCCUUUCAAACGAAACAUAUACGAUAUACAUGUAUCAUUUAAGUAUAUAGGCCUUUAAAGCAAUGCAAUGCUUGAUCUUUUUAGAGUGACCAUUAUUAUUAAUCACAUUUCUGUGUACCUACCUAAUACAGCUACAAAAGAUGAAUGGUAAAGCUAUCUGAAGACGUUGACCUGGAAAGAAAAACAACAGCUGUUUAUAAAAACGCAUGUCCCCCAUGAUGGCCUUCUCAUUUUCGGAACCAAGAUAACUAUGUACAUUUUACCUUCUGACCCCCAGUACAAUAGGG